GCUGGGCUUAACGUUAGAGGGGCCUGAGUCCUCACUGAGAGCCAUAAUAACCAGUCUGGGUAGUCCUCGAUCCAUCAGGUCAGAGUCACAGCAGAACCAGAACUAAAACCAGCUUGGGUUCUAGCCAUAGAAAUAGAAUGAGUUGUAAUGAUAUAGUUCUGUUGUUCCAGGACAUCCUCUGAGCCAGAGAAAUAGAAUGAGUUGUAAUGAUAUAGUUCUGUUGUUCCAGGACAUCCUCCGAGCCAGAGAAAUCCAGCCAGCCUGAGUCUAUACAUCAAUAAUAUAUCUCUGGAAAAAGAGGAGUAACAGGCUCCUCCCCCUGAGCCAUGUCUGUUUGUGGGAGAACUAGACCAGGCUAGUUCUGCCUAUGCUUCCAGUAUUAUGCGUUUGCUUUAUUAGGAGGAGUUUAACUAUAGUUCAUGGCUGUCACGUCAUGAGGUUAUAGCAGAUUUGAACCCUUUUCAGGUUGCAGGUUUGGAGAGCUCUGAGACAUUAUCUUAUGAUCAAGCAGGAAAGAGAACACCAGCAAACUGUCCAAACAGAACGUUCUACCAGUUAAACUCUGUCCUUGCUUUCUUUACUCUAAAUAUAUUGUUUCAUUCAGACUUUUAUUUAUUUAUUUUUUACAUUGAGACUAAAAUGUUGUAUUUCUUAAUAGAGCAAGGGUCCCCCGCGGAGUGAAAGGCUAGAUCGAUGUAUUGUGGUAGUACGGUUUAAGAAAAUGUGUGGAUCAUUGUGUGUUUACUGAAAAACCAAAGUAAUACAACUAUAUUAAGAACCAAUUAGUUUGUUUGCUUGUGUUGUUUUUGUUUUAGAUAGCAACAUGCUUAAAGAGCGACUGUCCCUAAAAAGCAACUUCUCUUUUUGAAAACAGCCUAUGUGGCAUCGAUAUGAGUCAAAAUAAUUUAUUCAAGUGUUAAAAUUUACUACAAAGUGUAAAAUAGGAUAGUUUUGGUCAUAAAGUCAGUCUCAUCCAAAAUCAGAGAUUUGCGAGAUAAUAGAAAAAUUGUUAUGUCACGGAAUGAAGGGUACCCUAACAGAAUGAAGGGUACCCUAACAGAAUGAAGGGUACCCUAACCGUUUUCCUUGACUUGGGUUUAUUUCAAUGUGGUUUGACAUUUGAAAUCCCUAUGGGGCUAGUUAAAGACAAUCAGUAAAUUACACAAUGUACAUGGAACAAUCAUUUAAAAUAUUGAUAGCUCCACAUUUUUAAAAAAGAAGAAAAUGUACUACUUUAAAAUGAAGAUAGCAUGGGCAGCGCCUUUUAGGCUGUCACAGACACUAUAAUGGCACAAAUACAAAGAUGAGUCCAUCUAUCACUAUGGCCUCUUGUUCGCACACGUAUCUACCCUCUCAUUGGCUAGAAUGGUCCCACCUGAUUUCGCCUACUCCCACCUGCUUUCUGUCUUUGAGGACAUGUAUUUCCAUUGUUAGAGCGGUCAAUCGACUAUCUUGUCAAUAUAAUAGACAAUCUUUGCUACGUGGGAACACACACACAAAAGACACCCACUUUAACCCCCCCGUUUGGCUUCAGUCAUGGCCUUCUUAAUGACCAAGCCAAAAAAUGAGGCCAAAUCAGGAAGUUCAGCUCCACUUUAAACACACUGAAUGCACGUUUCCAGAGAAUAUAAGACCAGGCUUUUGUCUACGUACUAGCAGUUGAUUGUUUUACUAAAUUGACGGGAAGGAUCCAAACAAUGUAAUGUAUGUGUUGGAGUUUUGGAUUAUUUAAUCUUAUCAAUUUCAAUUGAACCAAAGGGUUUCAUUUACAGUAAUGGAAUAUCAUGUUAUGAUUGGAUCUUGAAUUGUAUUCAGAGCUGGGAUUGUAGUGAGGAUAAAAGCUGACGUGACUGACUCUUCAUGGGGAGACAUGACCUGAUUCUAACUCAACACAUGGAGACAGAGAUAAUGAAUAGAGAUAUACAUUAAUUAGAUGGAAUCUGCCUGUGGAGGAAAGUGGAUUGAAGGGAUCGGAGACCAGAAAUCUGGAUUAGAGAUGAAAUAGAGGAAUGGUUCUGAAUUAGAUUACAACUGAAAGGGAUUGAAUGAACUCUUCCUUGAACAAUACCAAGGUGAGGAGGGAAGGAAUCGAGGUGAGACGGGAAGGAAUUGAGGUGAUGGAAUUUUUAUGGAUGUUGAAGUGGAAUUGAUUUGAUGGAAUUGUCCUGAUUGGUCUAUGUGGAUACCAGUCCAAAUGACAACAAGGGUCCUGAUAUAAUUUGUUUUAGUUUUAGUUUCAUACAGUGCGAUCUAAAUCAACUUAGGGGUGUGAAAUGAUUACUGGUUGCUAAAGAAUACACUAUAGUGUGCAUACAGUAGAACAAAACAUUAUCCUGCUGGGUUUUGAAGAGGUGACUCCUAGUUAUCUCCUGUUGGGUUUUGAAGAGGUGACUCCUAGUUAUCUCCUGUUGGGUUUUGAUGAGGUGACUCCUGUUGGGUUUUGAAGAGGUGACUCCUAGUUAUCUCCUGUUGGGUUUUGAAGACGUGACUCCUAGUUAUCUCCUGUUGGGUUUUGAAGAGGUGACUCCUAGUUAUCUCCUGUUGGGUUUUGAUGAGGUGACUCCUGUUGGGUUUUGAAGAGGUGACUCCUAGUUAUCUCCUGUUGGGUUUUGAAGACGUGACUCCUAGUUAUCUCCUGUUGGGUUUUGAAGAGGUGACUCCUAGUUAUCUCCUGUUGGGUUUUGAUGAGGUGACUCCUGUUGGGUUUUGAAGAGGUGACUCCUAGUUAUCUCCUGUUGGGUUUUGAUGAGGUGACUCCUGUUGGGUUUUGAAGAGGUGACUCCUAGUUAUCUCCUGUUGGGUUUUGAAGACGUGACUCCUAGUUAUCUCCUGUUGGGUUUUGAAGAGGUGACUCCUAGUUAUCUCCUGUUGGGUUUUGAUGAGGUGACUCCUGUUGGGUUUUGAAGAGGUGACUCCUAGUUAUCUCCUGUUGGGUUUUGAAGAGGUGACUCCUAGUUAUCUCCUGUUGGGUUUUGAAGACGUGACUCCUAGUUAUCUCCUGUUGGGUUUUGAAGAGGUGACUCCUAGUUAUCUCCUGUUGGGUUUUGAUGAGGUGACUCCUGUUGGGUUUUGAAGAGGUGACUCCUAGUUAUCUCCUGUUGGGUUUUGAAGAGGUGACUCCUAGUUAUCUCCUGUUGGGUUUUGAUGAGGUGACUCCUGUUGGGUUUUGAAGAGGUGACUCCUAGUUAUCUCCUGUUGGGUUUUGAAGAGGUGACUCCUAGUUAUCUCCUGUUGGGUUUUGAAGAGGUGACUCCUAGUUAUCUCCUGUUGGGUUUUGAAGAGGUGACUCCUAGUUAUCUCCUGUUGGGUUUUGAAGAGGUGACUCCUAGUUAUCUCCUGUUGGGUUUUGAAGACGUGACUCCUAGUUAUCUCCUGUUGGGUUUUGAAGACGUGACUCCUAGUUAUCUCCUGUUGGGUUUUGAAGACGUGACUCCUAGUUAUCUCCUGUUGGGUUUUGAAGAGGUGACUCCUAGUUAUCUCCUGUUGGGUUUUGAUGAGGUGACUCCUGUUGGGUUUUGAAGAGGUGACUCCUAGUUAUCUCCUGUUGGGUUUUGAAGAGGUGACUCCUAGUUAUCUCCUGUUGGGUUUUGAAGAGGUGACUCCGAGUUAUCUCCUGUUGGGUUUUGAAGACGUGACUCCUAGUUAUCUCCUGUUGGGUUUUGAAGACGUGACUCCUAGUUAUCUCCUGUUGGGUUUUGAAGACGUGACUCCUAGUUAUCUCCUGUUGGGUUUUGAAGAGGUGACUCCUAGUUAUCUCCUGUUGGGUUUUGAGGAUGUGACCCCUAGUUAUCUCCUGUUGGGUUUUGAAGAGGUGACUCCUAGUUAUCUCCAGUUGGGUUUUGAAGAGGUGACUCCUAGUUAUCUCCUGUUGGGUUUUGAAGAGGUGACUCCUAGUAAUCCAAUAGAUCAUACAAUAUUCUUGGUAGCCUACAUGCAAAGCUGUCCUUUUUCUUUCAGUUGUAUUUGGAUGGUCUGGUAUGAGGUUGUGCAUCAUAGGAAGAGAUAGUUCUGAUUGUUAGUGUAUACAGCACUGCCUUUAUCAGACUCAUAUUAGUCAUACUGACUAGCAGCAGUCAUUUAGUAUAAAUAACUCUUACUGUCAUCUUUGUAAUGGCUGUUUGUUUUAUGUGUGUGUGUGUGUGUGUGUGUGUGUGUGUGUGUGUGUGUGAGAGAGAGAGAGAGUCGCAAGUUAUCAUAGAUAUUUACAAUACUAACAGCAAUACUGGUCAAUAAUGUACAUACAGUACUUCCAGAAUUCACAAUCUCAUUUUUGAAUCUAUAUCCAUUAUAAAAGGUUUGGGAGACGGUUAAAUGUAUGUUUUCAUUUUGUAACUGUACAAAGCAAUCUGCAUAUUAUUUAUUUCAAUGUCAGAACUACUGCUCAACAAAUGAUGUACAUAUUUUAUUUAAAUUAAAGCAGUUUACAUGUGGAUAUUUGUCUGUGUUGAUUGUACUAAGGUGAUGUCAUCGUGUGUAGCACAGUAGCCAAUUAGAUGUAUUUUAAACUAGCGCUAGGACCCUGUGAGAGCGAGCAGAUGAGGUAAACUCGCGUCUGUGACUGACUCAUUUUUGUGUGUCACUUACGCCACACAUGGGUCCACGUCGUGUAGCCUACUGCUGCGCAAACUUGUGCAAAAUAAAUGAACGUCAAAGAAGAAGCGGAUUGGAAAACACACAUGGAUACCAGUAGUGUUAACUCGAUGGAGCACCUGGUGAGUGAGCUGAACAUGCUGCUGAAGCUGCUGGACCAGGAGAGUGUGAGCAGGGCCACAACGGAGAAGAUGAGCACGAUCCGGAGCCUGCUGGGGCAGCUGCAGCCAUCAGUGAAUGGAUCAGACUUCAUAUACAUGAACACUUCUCUUUACGGAAAUGGCACCAGCUUUGUGGAAUCCCUGUUUGAGGAAUUCGACCUGGAUGAGUUCAGACCCUCCCCAGAAGAACUAAAGGAACCAGUAGAGGAGGAAACCCCCAAAAUACCGCCUUCAAAAAGUCCCACUGACACCCCACCUCCUCUGCCAACCACCCAUCCCCCAGAGGACUAUUAUGAGGAGGCAGUGCCCCUGGAUCCAGGCACGGCGACCCAAUACAUCACCGCCAACAUCACCAAACGCAUCAGCGCAAGUCCCCCAAAUUCCAUUGAAGAUGCAUAUUAUGAGGAUGCUGACAAUAAUUACCCCACCACCCAAAUCAAUGGCCCGCACAAGAACUCAUACGCUGAUUCAGACGCGCUGAGCAGCUCCUAUGAAUCGUAUGAUGAGGAGGAUGAGGAGGCGAAGGGCCAGGACCGGACUAGUCAGAGGUGGCAGUCAGAGGAGAACUCUGUGGGCCCCAUGAAGGACUGUCGUAUCUGUGCCUUUUUGCUGCGCAAGAAACGCUUCGGCCAAUGGGCCAAACAGUUGACGGUCGUCCGUGACAACAGAUUACAGUGCUACAAGAGCAUUAAAGACAGAAGCCCACACAUUGAGCUGCCGCUGAACCUGUGUAACGUCAUCUACAUUCCCAAAGAGGCGCGCCGCAAGAAGCACGAGCUGCGUUUCUCCCUGCCUGGUGGAGAGGCCUUGGUUCUGGCUGUCCAGAGCAAGGAGCAGGCGGAACGAUGGCUCAAGGUGAUCCGGGAGGUGGCCAGUCAAGCCACCAGCAGUGAAGGAUUAGAGGGCUCAUCCUCUCCUAUGAUCCAGAGGAAGAUGGAGCUGGACAAGUUACUAGGAGCUGACAAGCACACUGUAGUGUUGGUUGACAAGCACACCUCUGACUCUGACAGCGUGGCCACAGGUGACAACCUGCCCUCUGGUCAGCUCCGUGACAACUGUGAAGGGAAGGGGAAGAGGGGGGCGUUUUCAGAGCUGACGGGGUCUAUGAGCAGAGCGGCUGGACGGAAGAUCACCAGGAUCAUCAGUUUCUCUAAGAAGAAGCCUCCUCUCCCAGGAGACGCUCCGUCCUCCUAUCACCAUGACGACAACCCCCGCUGUGGUUACCUAAAUCUACUGCUGAGCCAGUGUUGGAGGGAGAGAUGGUGCUGUGUGAGGAGUGGAACACUGUACCUUCACAAAGACCGGGGCGACCUGGGUACUCACGUAAGAGCUGUGGUCCUCCAUGGGGCUGAGGUCAUACCUGGAGUAGGGCCCAAGCACCCCUUCGCCUUCCGCAUCCUGCAAGGAGGCAACGAGGUGGCUGCCUUGGAGGCCAGCUGUUCAGAAGAGAUGGGCCGCUGGCUGGGGGUUCUGCUGGCAGAGUCUGGCUGUGCCACAAGCCCUGAGGCUUUGCACUACGACUAUGUAGACGUGGACACCAUCACUAGCAUCACAGACGCAGCAAGACACUCCUUCCUAUGGGCUACCUCCUCCAGCAGCGCCUCGACAGACUCCAGAACGUAUGACGAGGUUCCUUAUGAGAGCAUACUGCAGCCAGAGGAGCAGGUGCCCAGACCAGGAGAUCAGGUGAAACACCACUCUUCUUUCUCUAGCAGCAGAGAGACUGAGAAGUUGGACUCCCUAGUCACCACAAAGAGACACUGCUCCAGUAAGUCUCCAGAAGAUGCGAAUCAGCAUAUAUCAGGGAAGUAUGGUAAAACACGAGCAGAGGGCGAUGCCAGGAGGUACCUGAAGGAGAAAGACGAGAUGGAGAAGAAGCGAGAGGUCCUCAAAAAUGCCCUGCUUGUAUUACGCAAUGAGAGGAAAGAGGUGAAGGAACAACUGAAGGACGCUACAGGUAAGCAGCAGAAGCAGCUGGAGAAGCGUUUUGCCCAGCUGGAGGAGAACUGCAGGGGGAAGGAGGGGGAGCGGGUGGACCUGGAGCUGCGUCUCACUGAGGUGAAGGAGAAUCUAAAGAAGUCGCUGGCUGGAGGGGUGCUGGGCCCGCCCACAGAGAGCAAACCCCCCAGAAAGGUCCAGAUCAGUAAAGUUGAUCAUCUAUACAGCGAGGCAUCCAUGCCAGUAAACUGUGCUGCUGAGAUGCGGAAGCGUCCCCUAUCCAUCUAUGCAUCUAGCAGAGGGAAUGUCAUGCAGAAAGCCAAGGAAUGGGAGUCGAAGAAGGGGACUUAGAAAGACAAUGCUCAUGCAGAUGGACAGUCUAAUUCUGGUCUUGGAACAUGUUGGAGCUGAUUUGAAAGAGGGGAGAGCGGGUGAAGCAGGCACUCCAUUCUCAACUUUUCCACUCCCCUCUUGAGAGCUCAACAUUUACUGCACUUCGCUGAGCUGAGAAACGUGUGACUGGAGAAGACGAGACACUGAAUCUCUUGGAAUUGUUGUAGAACCUCACUCAAAGCACUAUUUCACUUGGAAACGCUGAAUGUUCAUUCUGUGAUUCAGUAAUCGCUUGUGUUGCAUGUGGUACUGUUGUUCCUUCAGACUGUGGAAGAGGAUAUGUUAUGGGGAUUCCAUGUGAAUACAUCAGAGGGCUGGACUUGAGAUGUUGAGAGCUGAGUGGUUUGCAGAGGUUGAAUAUGCAUACUCAAAUGAUGCACAUAUCUGCACGAAAGGAUAAUAAAGGGAAAUAGAACGUAGCGAUUGUGAGUUUGUUGUUGGAAUAGUAGCCUAAAGGAGAUACUGAAAUACAGUUCUAUGCUGUAUCCGCUAUGAAAGUAACUUCAGAACACAUACAGUAAGCUGGUCAAAGAGGGAGAGGAAACGACUGAUCAUGUAUAUGAAACACUUAUUUCAGAUCUUGAUUUAACAAUUUGGUGCAGCUGGACAACAGACAGAAAGAAGAAAAAAAACCCCGAUAGAAUAACACCUGUAUAAAACCAAAUAGUUAUUGUAAUGUGAGACUAAUGACUAAACAAAGACGUUUCCUUAUUACGUAAUUCACUGACUGUUUCUCAGUGUAAUGAGCCUUUUUACUUUUAAUUACUUUUGCACUUUAUGUUAUUUGUAUUGUACAUUAAAAGCUGUUUGUUGAU